GCGAGUGGCUUACUGGUGCGGGGAUAUGGACCGCCCGCCUGUGCCGACUGUCGCCGUGGGGCUCUUUGCCCCACCGGUCUCUGGUGCGAGCGAGUCGGGUCCGAGCCUGGCCGCAAGGGGCGAGAGCGAGAGCGGGAGCGAGGGCGCCCGUCGGCGCCGAGCCGAGGCUGUGCUGGAGAUGGAGAUUGAGGCAGAGCUAGCAAGCCCGAGUCGAGCUCACGCUACUGGAGGCGGAGCUGGCGGAGCUGGAGCUGGCAACGGAGGGAGUAGCGAGAGAACGAUCGGCUCAGCUGGGACUGAGACUGAGACCGCGAUGGCCGAAGCCAAGGCCGAGGCCGAGACCGAGACCGAGACGUGUCUGGAGCCGCUGGGACGGAUGGCGUUUGAUAUGGACAUGCCGCUACUGUCAGCGGCUGAGGAAGAGCGUCUUCGGGCGGUGAGGGGAGAUGCAGCGAUGUUGCUAAGACUCGCUGGCGGCGAGGAGGACGAGGAGAACGCUGAAGAGGCGCUCAAGAUCUCAAGCGCGGGCCUUGGCGCCUCGGGCUUUGCUCCGCGCUCCAAGCAGGAGCUCCUCGCCGACCUUGCCGAGGAGCGUGCGCUCAUCAACCGGAUGCACGCGAUGUACAGUGAGCAGGCCAAGAAAGUUGUCAUGGAGCGCAUGGCGCUCGAGUCGGAGCUCGCCCAGCUCGAGGCCCAGUCACCGAGCUGAUGGCUGGCGGUGGUGAUCCAAGCGCACGGUGCUGCGAUGAAGCGACGGCGCGGAGUGAAUGGUUGUCGACCAAGUGAACCAUGUGAGCGAGGAAA